AUGACGUCAUAUGACAGAACACUCGAGAACUACUGUAUGUCCGACGACUGGGCAAAUGUGGCCCGAAUUCUCUUCUCCACCACAAUUAUGCUCACGUAUCCCAUCGAGUGUUUCGUUGUCCGAGAGGUUCUGGAAAACGCCAUUUGGGACGGAAAACCGCCGGAAACCAAAUCGCAUCACAUUAUGAUCACUGUUGCAAUAGUGGCCACUUGUUUCAUAUUCUCCACAUUCACCGACUGUUUGGGUAUUGUUCUCGAACUCAACGGUGUAUUAGCGGCGGUUCCGCUGGCAUUCAUUCUGCCGGCGCUCUGCUAUUUGAAGUUAGAGUCGGGCCGUCUCCUAGAGUGGCGCAAAGCACCCGCAUUCCUGUUGGCGGUGUUCGGCUUCGCGGUGGCCAUAAUCGGCACUUUCUUAGCAAUGGUUCGGGUCAUCGAUGGCGUCACAUGCAGUCACGGCAAGGAAAUGGACUACUGUUUGGCGCCGCACAUCCAAAACAAGACCACAUCCAUACUCUUGUCGUUGAUGAACACUACCACACAGACCACACUCAAGCCUUAACCGUACGGACGUUCCCCGCUAUUAUACACAACAACUCCCGAACCAAAGUAUAUAUUCAGUAGACUUUUACAAACAUAGGACUACAGGAAAACGUAUGAUUCCUACGGUAUGAAUGAAAGAGUGAGUUAUGGACACCGGUAUAGUAGAUGACGACAACAGAGGCUAACAAUUUAGUGUAAUUUAGGAAAAUGAGCGCACAUUUUGGGUACUGAUAACAGUGUAACAGUUUUGGUGGUUUCCGGUUAUAUCGACACAAUGUCAGUAUAAGGGGAGAGAAGUCUACUGUAUAUAUGAUUAUAGCGUAUUUAUAACAAUUAAAACCCUAAACAUCAUAGGCUUUAAACCAAAAUCCGACACAAUUAAUGACAAAAC